UUAAAGGGUAAACUACGUCGUGGGCGUAGUGGCACCUUGUAAUGGCGACCGUGCCGUGGCUGCGCCGAGCUGUUUGAAAAUGAAGCGGAGAAGAAGUUAUUUCUAUUAAAGUGAAAACGCCGAGGUUCCCCCCGCCCGAGGAGGACUUUGCGUCGACAAGCGUCGCUUUUGAACGUGGUCAACUUAGCCGUGCUUUUUUUGAACGCCUGCGCACCCCCGUCCGCAAUGAUUAAGCUCAAGUCAAACCAGACCCGGACGUAUGACGGGGACGGCUACAAGAAGCGCGCCGCCUGCCUGUGCUUCAGGAGCGAAUCGGAGGAGGAGGUGCUGCUGGUGAGCAGUAGCAGACAUCCCGAUAAGUGGAUCGUUCCCGGAGGGGGCAUGGAACCUGAGGAGGAGCCCAGUGUCGCUGCUACUCGGGAAGUGUGCGAGGAGGCGGGCGUGAAAGGGACGCUUGGUCGCUUAGUCGGCGUGUUCGAGAACCAGGAGAGGAAACAUAGAACCUUCGUCUACGUUCUGAUCGUGACGGAGGUCCUGGAGGACUGGGAGGAUUCGGUCAACAUUGGGAGGAAAAGGGAAUGGUUUAAAAUAGACGAUGCCAUACAGUUGUUGCGGUGUCACAAACCCGUGCAGGCCACCUACUUCGAGGCUCUCCAGGAGAGCUGCCUGACCAGCAACGGGACCCCCUUGGUGGCCACGAUAGGCGGGGAACUCCCCCCCGCCUACAGCAUCAACCAGAGCUCCGUCUCGGAUAUCAGAUAACUAAAAACCCUAACUGAACACCACCCCAGCCACCGCCCCCCCUCCCCGCCGGAAGCUUUUGGCCACCACUUGCGCUCUUACUCUUCUUCUUUUACUCUGUCUGCUUUGCCUUGCCAAGUCCUCGGCGCCGCCGCUGUCUGGAUGACGAGUGUCGGCGGAAACACUUUGUACAUUUUUGACCUAUUUUCUUUUUGUUUGUUUUCUUUUUACUGAACCUCGUUGCAUGAAAACAAAAAAGGCCUCCCACCCCUGCGAUGCCCCCAGCGUGUUAACUGAAUGCAAAAGAACUACUUUUUACUGUUGUCAUGUAAAAGUGUGUAUCUCUCGUGCUUAAAACUGAAAAGCUUGUGGUGGUCCUCCUUUUAACAACGUCCCCUCAUUUUUGGUUUUCCUCUCCGUGCCCCCCUUACCUUUUUUGGCUCCUUUUAUUGUGCUCAUCAGACUAUAGUUUGAUCCUCUCCGGGACUCAUCUCACUCUUGCACGGUGCACAUUCACUCCGAAAAGAGAGUGAAAGAAUGUCAACAUAGCUUUGCCUUUGGCCGUAUAAUUCUCUUUUUUUUUUUUUUUUAACUCUCUCCUGUGAUUGACUGAAAUGUCUUCCGCCACACGCCGAAGGUCAAAGUACAAAUAUUUCAAAAACCAUGCAGCACAUAUCCUGUUUUCCCUCCUCACGUUCAGUUUGCUUCAGUUGUUUACGUUAGAGGUGACUUUAGCGAGCAUAUUUCCUUUUUCUGUUGUUUUUUUGAUGAACUUCCAUCCCAUUGUAUUUACACAGAUGCCAACCCGGUAGGCCGAAGGCUGUACUCUGCUCCUGACGUCCCCGCCCCCCCCCCCCCCAAAAUAAUGCAUCCUGUAUUAUCUUGCUUGCAUCUUUGCGUGUCGUGUCACACUGGACACACAAUACACGCAGAUAUUCGUGAAGAAUCAAUUAGAUCUCUGUGACGUCGGGAGUGGUACCAAAUUCGGCCUCCCGGGGGCAUUCUGGUGACAUGGAGAGGGUCUUUGUAUUUAAUCUGCACCCCACCCAAUUUGACAUUGAAAGUAAGUGAAUCAAUGAUGCUGUCUUUGGCAAGAUGCAGCGCAAACAAGCCUUGUACAGUGUGACUUUGUUUUGAACAUGUAAAAUGCUUUUUGGAUACUAGUUUGUUAUUGUUUCUUUGUCUCUAAUCGUCUAGCAAGAGUCUCUUUAGCCGUGUCACGAAAGCUGCCGGCUCCAUACUGUGAAACUGGAGGCCCUGUUGUAGAUGAGCACGGAAGAGGAUUUUAUUCUAAAUUGUUUAUUUCUAUACAGAUCAACGGUGAGCAUACAAAGGUGUCAUUUGAACUGAGAAUGGGGAUCGAUGAAAGUGCCAGUCAGCCAUCCGCGCAACGUUAGUGAGGCAGAGAUUGAAGAUAGAAUACCCACCACAUCCUUAAUUCCAACCAGUGACUGAACAGGCUAAGUGGUAGAAAAUGGAUGGCUAUUGCACCAGAAAGCGACCACCCCUGAGUCCACUGUGGUUUCCUAUGAGAGGGUUUCUGUCACUGGUCCUCCACCCCGAGUUUGAAGUCGAUCCACGCAUUUUACGUCUUAUGAGGUAGCAUCAGACGCGUGACGGUGGCCGUGUUAAGGUGGUUAGCGGAAAUGCCGUAUGAAAGGUCCCGACGGGGACGGAGGAAGUCGACCUGCUGGUUUUUCGACUUCGGGGAUAGUGUCACAGGUAGGAUGGCAGCUGUGAGAAAGGGGAUAGAAGAAAGAUGCAUCGUCACUGUGUGGACGGUGGCGUCACAGACUCGGGUGUCGAUGUGCAGAUUUCACAAUUUCUGAGCUUAUAACGGAGGCAGAACAGCGCUUAUGUUAAAGGGUAAACAGCGGAAAAACGUGUCACUGCUGUGUGUGCAAUGGGGUGCUGAAGUCGACCCGCUGAUUUUUCCGGCUGAGGUAGUAACAAGCGUGAUGGUGGAUUGUGUUAAAGGUAACACAGGUCUGUGUGAAAGGUGCUGACGCAGUACUGAGGUGUAGAAGUCAACCUGCUGAUUUUCUAGCCUUUGGGAUUGAGGCAAGACAGCGGAAGGACUGUUCACUGUGAAAUGCGGUGCUAAAGUUGAAGUUCUGGUUUCCCAUGUACAACCCCAAUUCCAAUGAAGUUGGGACGUUGUGUUAAACAUAAAUUAAAAACACAAUACAAUGAUUUGCAAAUCAUGUUCAACCUAUAUUUAAUUGAAUAGACUACAAAGACAAUAUAUUUAAUGUUCAAACUGAUAAACUUUGUUUUUAGCAAAUAAUCAUGAACUUAGAAUUUGAUAGCUGCAACACGUUCCAAAAAAGCUGGGACAGGCUCACUGUGUUACAUCACCUUUUCUUUUAACAACAUUCAAUAAACAUUGGGGAACUGAGGACACAAAUUGUUGAAGCUUUGUAGGUGGAAUUCUUUCCCAUUCUUAGUUUUGAUGUACAGCUUCAGCUGUUCAACAGUCCGGGGUCUCCGUUGUCGUAUUUUACGCUUCAUAAUGCGCCACACCUUUUCAAUGGGAGACAGGUCCGGACUGCAGGCAGGCCAGUCUAGUACCCGCACUCUUUUACUACGAAGCCACGCUGUUGUAACACGUGCAGAAUGUGGUUUGGCAUUGUCUUGCUGAAAUAAGCUGGGGCGUCCGUGAAAAAGAAGUUGCUUGGAUGGCAGCAUAUGUUUCUCCAAAACCUGUAUGUACCUUUCAGCAUUAAUGGUGCCGUAACAUAUAUGCAAGUUACCCAUGCCAUUGGCACUAACACAGCCCCAUACCAUCACAGAUGCUGGCUUUUGAACUUUGCAUCCAUAACAGUCCGGAUGGUUCUUUUCCUCUUUGGCUCGGACGACACAACGUCCACAAUUUCCAAAAACAAUUUGAAAUGUGGACUCGUCGGACCACAGAACACUUUUCCACUUUCCAUCAUUCCAUAUUAGAUGAGCCGGAUCCGGCCCAGAGAAGCCGGCGGUGUUUCUGGGUGUUGUUGAUAAAUAGCUUUUGCUUUGCAUAGUCGAGUUUCACUUAGUUGCACUUACGGAUGUAGCGCCGAACUGUAUUGACUGACAUUGGUUUUCUGAAGUGUUCGUGAGCCCAUGCGGUGAUAUGCUUUACACAUGGUCGGCUUUUGAUGCAGUGCCGCCUGAGGGAUCGAAGGUCACGGGCAUUCAAUGUUGGUUUUCGGCCUUGCCGCUUACAUGCAGUGAUUUCUCCAGAUUCUCUGAACCUUUUGAUGAUGAUAUGGACCGUAGAUGAUGAAAUCCCUAAAUUCUUUGCAAUUGUACAUUGAGAAACAUUGUCCUUAAACUGUUGGACUAUUUUCUCACGCACUUGUUCACAAAGAGGUGAACCUCGCCCCAUCUUUGGGAAGCUCCUUUUAUACCCAAUCAUGGCACCUACCUGUUCCCAAUGAGCCCGUUCACCUGUGGGAUGUUUGAUGAGCAUUCCUGAACUUUCUCCCAUCUUUUUUGGAACGUGUUGCAGCCAUCAAAUUCUAAGUUAAUGAUUAUUUGCUAAAAACAAUAACAUUUAUCAGUUUGAACAUGAAAUAUCUUGUCUUUGUAGUGUAUUCAAUUCAAUAAUGGUUGAACAUGAUUUGCAAAUCAUUGUAUUCUGUUUUAUUUAUGUUUAACACAACGUCCCAACUUCAUUGGAAUUGGGGUUGUAGUACCAGAGGCAGACUGGCAGCUGUUCGAGAGGUUUAGCAAAAACAUGAGUGAAAGGUGCCCAUGUGGUGAAUGAGUAAAUUGUGCAGCUUAUGAGGUGGCAUGAGAGGCAGAACGGCGGCUAUGUGAAAGGGGAUAGCGGAAAGACACGUCACGCCUUUUACUGUGUGUGGAAGUUGACCCGCAGAUUUCCCCACUUCUGAGGUAGUAUCAGGGCAUUAUGUCAGCUGUUAGUAGAAAAACGUCUCGCUGGUCUUUGUGAAAGGUGCCGACAUGGAAUGGGGUGCUGAAGUCUCCUUGGUAAUUUUUCGGCAAAAUCGGAGACAUUAUGUCGGGUGUGUUAGCAGAUAGAUCACUGUUCUUUGUGAGAGAAGCCCCUGCGGAAUAGGGUGCUGAAGACAAUUGGUAAAUUUUGCCGCUUCUGCAGUGUUGUUAGAGGUGGAACGGUAGUUCUAUGAAAGGGGAUAACAGAAAGCUAGACCAGGAUGUGAAAGAUGUUUCAAAGGCCGUUGAUGGAAGCCCAUCAUGUGAAACCACACUGACAACCUGAAACCCUUCUCCUGCAUCUGGCUCCUUUCAGGCCUCUGUGACGAGAGAGACUGAAUUUAAUUGACUUCCUCAACCAGUAAAAGUAGCAGUCUAAUCAGAAAGGCGCGGUGGCCAAAGUCUUAUGUUUACGACGCCCCUCUCAGGAUGUCAUAAGGUUUCAGCGCUUCAUUUGAAUGUGCAAUCAAGUCGCGGAGGGCAACGACCUCAGGCACGCCCCGCUGGGAAGAAAGAGUCUUUGGAGGGCUGAUGCUGACCGGUGUCACGAGGCUACUUGAUCAUUCAUAAAUCUGUCAUGUUGGCGACACGAAUAUUUUGAACAUUGCAGACAUAACACUUAAUCAAGGAUGUUUUUCUUUUUUUAAUACAAGUUCAUCCUUUAGUCAAAAUUAACAGGUGGUGUUAAGUGACACCAAAUGUUCUUUCUAUCCAAGCAUGACAUGCAUCUGAAAUGUAUUUUAUUUAGGGUAGUGUCAGCAUUACCAAAGGUGAUAGUGCAGUUGUGUCGUAAUUGGCUCCAUCUGGUGGCCAAAUGGGUUAAACAUCACAAGAGAGGAUUGUACUCAUUUGCCUGCUGAUUCAACACAGACAUAAAACUGAUUGGAAUUUGGUUCCCCACUCAAAAGUCCUCACCAUUCCUUCCUUUCAGCCUGGAAGUUACAUCCUCGUACGUUUGUGUUUCACGUGUCACUGGACUUUUUUCCCUCCAUCCGCUUGUUUGGGACUGUAGAAUAAAACCAGUGCAAGAAGACUGAAGAUUGUAAUAUAAAUGUGCCAACAAUAAAACACCAGUAUUUCA